AUGGAUGCCACGUUGAGGGAACCGUCUUAUCUUUACGAAUGGCCAGAAUCGGAUCGGUUAAAGAAAGUUCUUUACGUUGAAUCUCCUAAACUAGAGCACUGUUUUACAAGGUCCGGUUCCUUAAUGGAGGACUUGGUUGCCGUAAAAGCUGGAGAAUUGCUUCAGAAAACUCCGUCUCGUCCAUCGGUUGCGCCUAAUAUAGAAGGUCUUAAACAACUUAUUGUUUCGGGAAAUUUAAGAUCUGCCGUUAAUUUAACCACCAAAAUAUUAACCGAUUUAGGCCAGGGAUUUGGGAUGGCAGGACAACCGUCAAGAAACACGUUUUUAACUUUUGAGAUCUGGGCAUCUCGUUUCCAGUUACUUAUGGCAUUGAAAUGCUACGCUUUACUAAAUGACGAAUUGUCUCCCUUUGAAGAAUUAGAUGCACCCGACUUGUACACGCAGUACUAUCCUCACGUAUACAGAACAUUGGUACCGUUUAGUCUUCGUUUGGUACAUGCAGAGUCUCUUCGCUUCACACCUUUUCCUUGGGCAACAAUACGGCGUAUCAACCUGUUGGAAGAAAAUGUUACAGAAAUUAUAGAGGCAGAGACGGAAAAGAGGUCCUCUCCAGAAGUACUGGAUGCCUGGCGAAAACGCCUUCUUGUUGUGCAGAAGUUAAAAGCAAGGACUCUCUAUUGCUUAAAGGAGUAUAACUUGUCGAUUUUAAUGUAUGAAAGAAUAUUGGCUAGGGAGGAGAAUGAAGAAAAGAAGCUGGCUUUGAAGUUGUUAUUGGUGCGUAUUGCUGCAGUUGUUGGGGACGAAAAAAGUCUUUUGCGGUUUCUGAAUGGAUUACCAGUGUCUGCAAAUAAAGAAAAGGAUGUUCUUCUACAUAGGUGCUUGAAGUUAGUUUUUUAUGGGCAGUAUACUAAAGCACUAGACCUGUUGAAGCCAUUUAUGUCGCAGUUGGGGGAUCCGAGGGUGUGGAACAAUGCUGCUGUUUGUAUGCUCUACUCUGGACAUAUAAAUGACGCUUUGAAGCUUUUUGAAAAGUAUUUUGAAACACCUAAUGAACCUUUGGUUUUAAAUCUAGUGUCUAUCAACGAACUUAUUUCUCGGAAUAUUAAACAAAAGAAGGUUGAAUUUUUUUUUAUCUUCUGCUUCCCAGGUCACGAUUUUUGA